CGUUUGCCAAAUGAUCUCAGAAAACGGGGCAUAAGGGGCAUACGUGGAGGGGUUUGCGACAUUCAAAAACCUCAGUUUCAAAUCCCUUGUUGAAGGCUGCACUCGCAAUUGUGUACUUGUGUGGUCCUGCUGAAGAGGCGCCCCUCAUGCUCGUUUGCCAGGGGCCCCAUCAGCGUAAGGCUUACGGUAAGCUGGGAGAGCAUCAGUUUGCAUGUUCCAGUGAAGGAUAUGAUUUGUGGUCGGUUGGGGGAGGUCUGCAAGAAACCCUCGACGGAUCGCAAGAAGCAAGCAAAGUCUGUUGGACAUGGACCCCUCUCGCUUUCAGAGACAUGUGGAAUCAUUGCGGGAGGCGAAUGCCGCUGGCGAUGUCCCUUCCAUAACGGCUGCGCUAGAGGAUUUGUCAAGGGCCACCUAUCGAGAUUACACCAUCAAGUCAUUCCUCGUAGAGGCUGGGGUGAUUCCGGCCCUCGUGAGCACAAGCGAGGUCCUCCCACAAGACAGCACAGCCCAAGAAGCGAAUGGCGCCGUCGCCCUGUGCCUCUGGGGCCUCUGCAUAGGCCACAGGCCAAACAAGAUUAAGUUGGUGGAACAGGGCGGCCUCUCGGUGCUCAUCAAGGGCCUCAGUGGUGAUGCGCACGAGGACUGUGCCCAAUACAGCGCUCUUGCUGUCUGGAGCCUCUGCUACUCGGUGCCGGAGAACCAGUUAGCUGCGGCCGCAAGCAUUCCUGCCUUGAAGGCCCUUCUCGACCAUACCAGCACGCUCGUCCAGUACUCAGCGGCGGGGGCUCUCUGGGCCGUCUCCUCGCACCCCCUGAACCGAGAGCAGCUCGUUUGCGACAGCCGCUUGCUCGCCACUUUAGUUCGUUUCCUUCCCAAAGCGCCGCCCCCCCUGGACGAAGCCCCGCCCCCAGAACCGGCAGCUUCUUUGCCGGCACCCGGGCCUGCUCCGAUUAAUUGGCGCCCGGUACAAGACAACCGGGCAGUCUCGCAGCAUCCGGAAGAGCAUGGAGUGGCUCGGGCGUCGCUUUCCGGGCAGACCGAUACCAGACUCGGCGAAUCCGCUUUGUCCGAAGAUGUCGAACCGUCUGAAAAUGCUACUCGGUCUGAACCAGGGUCAAUCUCUAGGGCGGGGCCAGAAGCUGGGCUGUUACAAUUAGGUGCUCUGUUAGAAACUCAACCAGUCGAGCUUGUUGAGCCGUCUGCUGAUUCUAUAGAACGGGCCAGGCCGGCCGAAUCUAUGACCUCUUCUAGAGAACCUUUGUACGAACGUGACGCUUCGGCAGAAGUCUCAACGCAGACGUCUCCCCUCAGUGAAGAAGGCCGAAGCCGGUUGCAAGGAGAAAGCUCGGGUGGCGGCGCAAUCGAAGGUCGCCACGAAUCCGCUUAUCGGGAGAUUCGCGACAGCUGGCUUGAGGCGACCGAACGGCUGAGCGAGAACCUCCAGCGGCAGACCGACUUUCUCGGACGCCGGACGCGGCGCCUGCGGGGGUUGUCCGGAACGGCACCCAGUCUGUCGGCAGCCGCGGCAGCGGCGUCUGGCGUCGGUCCGAUCGGUCCGCUCCCGAGUGACGGGGAGGCUGUGGAAACGGAAACGGAACGUUUGGGAAGCGGGUCAGGGGCUUCGCCUGAUAGCACUGUGCCACGUGGAGUGUUGGGGUCAGGAUCGGGGGUCCCAGGAACAACGGAGACGGAAACGGUCCUGGCAGAAACGAUGGAGACGGUGACACACCUGGACGCGCUAGAAACCUCCGUUGCGUCUGGGCUGGGGUCCGAGAGCGCCGGCGUGUGGGCUGCUCCAAUUGAGAGGGAUCCCCCGGCAGGCGAAGUUCGGCCUCAGAGCAGCGCCGCAAUCGACGAGCUCCGCUCGCUGGUGCGUGCCGAGCGUGCUCGGGCAGAGUCCUUUGUGGCGCGUGCGCGCGCGCUCGUCGCCGAGGAGCGCGCGAUCCGCGGCAACAUUGGCGCGCUCGAGCGCGAGCUCGCAAUUGCGGUCCGCGAACGGGACGCCGCCGUCCGCGAGCGGGACCGCACGUCUGCGGUCCUCGGGCGCGCUCUCGCGGCGCUCUCGUCCGCCCGCGACCAGCUCGCAGCCCUCGGGGGAACCCUCCGAGCGGCAAACGCUGCCGCACCUCCACGCGUUCCGUCAGCCGUUCCGGCCGGAACACUGACUGGUAUCACCGGAACCGCCCCGGGAGUCGAACCCGAGGAGUACGAGCUCCUCGAGAUGCUGGAUUCCUCCCCCGGGGUGCCGUCCCCCGACCCACAACAAGCCCGGAAGGCGUGUCUGAUGGCGUGCCUUUUACUCGGGAACCUGUCGCUGUGCCGCGGGGGGAGCGGCACGAUGUUCGAGGGGGAGCGGUGGCCGGAGGCGAUGGCGGGCGUGCUGCGGUUUGUGACGGGCCUGGGGGGGCUGGACGCGUUCUGGGCGACCAUGCUGUGGACGACGGUGCAGCCGCUGGUGGACCUGCUGCAGUCGACGGAGCCAGCAGUGCAGGCGCUGUCCCUGUUUAUCGUGGGGGACUUAUGUACAGGCAACGAGCAUAAGCACAAGUUCAUCAUGGAAGGCGCGGUGCCGCACCUUGGCCGCCUCUGCACCUCUUCGUCGCCCCUAGUCAGGAGGCUAGCACGGAACGCCCUUCUGCAGCUGGGGAUGCGCCCCUCUGCCGUCGCCUCAGCGGGGGAUCCCCCAGCGCAAGAAACGUCUCCCGAGGCCCGGCGCAUGGGCAAUGAUGACGUAAGCGAGUGUGUCAUCUGCUGCGAUGAGGUCAGCGCCGCAGCUUUCGAGCCGUGUGGCCACGUGGUCUCGUGCCUCCGCGUUUCUCCACUUUGCGCAGCAGCAAUUGAUGUGGAGCUCGAGGAUGACUAUGGCUACAGGGAGGCGGCAGAGUUGGACGAGGAGGAAGAGGAAAGGGAGCCCGCCCGAGCAUCUCGGGAUCACGGCACGGAGGAGCGCCUGGUGGCCAACGAGAAAAUGCUGCAGAUUAACAAAGCAGACUUUACAGUCAGUUCUUUACUGGACAAGAUCUCACGGGCCAAGCUCAACCUGAAACCAGCAUACCAGAGGGACUACGUCUGGGACAAGAAGACGGCUAGCAAGCUCAUAGAGUCACUCCUGCUCAACAUUCCCGUCCCCACAAUGUUCUUCCACGAAAAGGAGCGCGGCAAGCUGGAGGUGGUCGACGGCAAGCAGCGCCUGACCAGCAUAUGGUCCUUCAUCGUCGAGGAGCGCUUCCCGGACGGCACCCAAUUUCACCUCACUGGCCUCGAAGUCUUGCGCAAGCUGAACGGUCUGCUGUACAGCGACUUGAACGACGACCUCAAGGAGUCGUUGCAGGACUACGCGCUUAACGUGCACACCAUCAGCCGCCACUCCGACGAGGACGUCGUGUUUGAGGUGUUUGAGCGGCUCAACAUGGGCUCCACGCAGCUGAACGAGCAGGAGCUGCGCAACUGCAUCUACCAGGGCACGUACAACAGCCUCCUCGAAGACCUCGUCCUGGACGGCUACAUGCUGCUCGCCAUGCACGCCGACGCGCCGCACAAGAGGAUGCGCGACCGGGAGCUGCUGCUGCGGUUUUUUGCGCUGCGCACGACCGGCGUCGAGGGCUUCAUGCUGCCCGUCAAGACGUGGCUCAACGAACAGAUGCGCCACAACAUGGACGUGUCGACCGAAGAGGCGGCAGCCAUGAAGGCGGACUUCGUGCGGAGCGUCCGGCUGGCGGUGGAGGUCUUUGGAGAAGACCACGUAUUCCGCGUCCUUCGGCCCGGAGUGCGCAAGGCGGACGAGCCCAAGUGGGACUCGGAAGUAAAUGUCGCUCUCUGGGACACCGUCAUGUUCGGUUUCUUGCAGUUUCAGGACGAUGACGGCAUCCUGGCGGCCCGGAGCGAAAUCAAGAAAGCGCUCAUGGACCUGAUGACAAAGGAUACCGAAUUCCGACGCGCACUCGUUUCCAGCAGAAAGGCACUCAAAACCCGCUGCGGUAAAUGGAAUAAAGCACUUGGUAAGGUCCUCGGUUCGCCACCUGUAAGAGACUAGGGGUCUCUCAAAAAAAGGUGGGACAACUCGAGAUCGUCAAGGUCCAAUACAUGAAGUUGGAAAAGUUCAGUCGAUGGUUCUAAAGUUGGAUGCCAUCAAGAUGAUGAGCACGUGAGAACGCGACCGGUGCUCCCAUAAGAUAUAUGCCUACUGUACAUUUGACUACGGGUCUUCCGUACCAAGCCACGCACCUGGGACAAACCAGAACUUCAAUAUGGAUGACGUGCACUAUCCCUUGC